AUGGCGACGCGCUGCGCGCUCCCGUGGCUGCUCGCCGCUGCGGUGCUGUGCGGGGCGACAGAACGGUGCCCAUCGUGCGGGGCCGAAACGGAACGGCGGCUGUUGGAAGAGGCGGCCAAACGGCAGCUGCUGGACGGGCUGAGGCUCCGCGAAAGGCCGCGGAUCGCCCACGCGGUGCCGCGCGUUGCCGUGGCUCGGGCGCUGCGGAGGCUGCAGGCGGAAGGGCCUCGACGUGGUGACCCCCCCGAGGAUGAGAGGCGCUUUGAGAUCAUCAGCUUCGCGGAGGAAGAGCCCACGUCCUCCCCCGGCACGGUGCUGCGCUUCCACCUCUCCCCCCCUCCGGAUCAGGACGUGCGCGUUGUUCAGGUCCAGCUGUGGCUUUACGUGCGCGUUCCUCGCGGCGCGGUGACCAACGUCACCCUCAGCAUCUCCCUGCUGGAGGGGCGCGGUGACACCGGGGGGGAACGCCGCGUAUUGCUGAGCGCACGGCGGCUGAGCGCUCGGGGCAGCGGCUGGAGGACCUUCUCCAUCCUCCCCGCCUUGCGCGGCUCCUUCGGGGCGGAGCGCGGAACCCUCCGGCUGUACCUGCAGAGCUCCGGGGACGGCGGAGGUUUCGUCACCGCCUCCAACGCCACUCGGCCCCGUCGGCCCUUCUUGGUGGCCUCGGCGUCGUUGAGGGACCCGGAGCACCGCGUGGUCAAACGCAGCCUGAGGUGCAGCCGCGACUCCUCUCUGUGCUGCCGCCGGGAUCACUACGUGGACUUCAGAUCCAUCGGUUGGAACGACUGGAUCAUCAGCCCCGAGGGUUACCAGCUCAAUUACUGCGUGGGGCAGUGCCCGCUGCACGUUGCGGGCAGCCCCGGUAUGGCUUCGUCCUUCCACAGCGCCGUGCUCAGCCUGGUGAAAGCCAACAACGUGCGCACGGCCGCCCAUUCGUGCUGCGUCCCCACGCGUCGCCGCCCCCUGUCGCUCCUCUACUUCGAUCGCAACAGCAACAUCGUCAAAACCGACAUCCCCGAUAUGAUCGUGGACGCGUGCGGGUGCAGCUGAUGGAGGCAGCUCUGGGGCCCCCACACAUCCAGGACUGCCAC